AUGCAAACUGGAGUGGAUAUCAGACGCAGAAACAAUCAAUAUGAAAACUUCCACGUCGAACAAAAGGGCUAUGAUCAGAUGUACGAUGGCGAAGACCUGGAAACACCACCAUCACCGGAAAGACCCCCACCAAGACAAAUAGAUAAAUAUGCCCGAGCCGAAUGCCCCUGCCUCAGCGCGCGUUACACCGUGGCGUUACUCGCCUGCUUCGGUUUUAGUAUCAUGUUCGGUAUGCGAUGUAACAUGAGCAUGGCUAAACUAAAGAUGACUGAAAAGCACAACACAUCAAGCGGUGUAAAAGAGGACACACCCUUCAACUGGAGUGUAAGCGUCGAAUCAUCAAUAGACUCAUCUUAUUUCGCCGGAUACCUGAUCACACAGGUUCCAGGGGGGUACCUUGCGUCCAUGUACCCCGCUAACAGGAUCUUUGGUGCUGCUAUUUUUGCAUCAGCGAUAUUUAAUAUGGCGAUACCUGGCGCUAUGUCCUUGGGACCAGCGGCGGUUGUAAUUUUAAAGGUGGCCCAGGGUUUUGUUGAGGGUGUAACCUAUCCCUCUUGCCAUGGAAUCUGGAGAAUGUGGGCACCCCCGAUGGAAAGGUCAAGAUUAGCUACGCUAGCAUUCUGCGGUACUUAUGCCGGCAUCGUUAUAGGCAUGCCGCUCUCUGGUGUCCUCACAGACUACAUAUCCUGGCAGACGCCAUUUUAUUUCUACGGUGUAUCGGGUAUAAUUUGGUACGCUCUUUGGCUAUGGCUCGUGUUUGAGCGCCCGAGCAAGCACCCACAUAUUACAGGUCGGGAACUGACAUAUAUAGAACAAUCUUUGGGUACUGCGUCUCAAGCUGCAAUGCCUGGUUUCUGGUCUACACCGUGGAAAGAGUUCGCUACUUCACCACCAGUGUACGCCAUUAUCGUGGCGAACUUCUGUAGAACUUGGAACUUCUGCUUGCUGGUCAUCUUCCAGUCUGCAUACUUCAACACUCGAUUCAAUAUGCAAAUUACUGAAUCCGGGUUUGUGGGUGCAAUACCACAUUUGAUAAUGACGUCUCUUGUGCCCAUCGGUGGGAUGAUGGCUGAUUACCUUCGUAAGAACAAUAUAAUGACUACGACGAACGUGAGGAAGCUUUUUAACUGUGGCGGUUUUGGUCUAGAGGCGUUUUUCUUUGUCCUCGUGGCGUAUGCUGAUAACAAAUACGUCGCAACGAUAGAGUUGACCCUUGGAGUGGCUUGCAGUGGAUUCGCAAUAUCUGGAUAUAACGUUAACCACCUGGACAUCGCACCAAGAUAUGCGUCUAUACUAAUGGGUCUCUCCAAUGGUAUAGGAACUAUUGCUGGCUUCGUCGUGCCUAUUGUAAUCGACUACAUGACUCAAGAGAAGGAUAAACUCGAGAAAGCCAUAACGGAAUGGCGUGAGGUGUUCUUGAUGGGAGCUACGGUCCAUUUCGUGGGGAUCACGAUCUACGGCAUAUUCGCAUCAGGAGAACUUCAGCCUUGGGCAGAUCCCACACCUCCAUAUGAAGCUCCGCUGAAACCUUUAUCAGACCAGGAAACAACAUUUUCAGAGCAGCCAUCAGCACCGUUAAGAGGAUCGGAACCACCAGCGUAUGGUGCUAUCGCGCCACCACGUCCACCAGCGCCUCAGCAGCACGUUCCCAAUAACCCGUUUGUUUCUGGCGCCUUCUACCAAGCAGAACCCGUUCAGCCGCCAGCGGAACCCUAUCAAGAUCUUACUGAUGACGGUACUUACUAA